GUACAGCUGAUGACGGUUUAAUCGAAGCACAGCAUCAUGGAUGAGGACAGCAAACCGUUACUGGGAUCAGUGCGAGCUGGGGACUAUUACACCGAUUCACUGGACCCCAAACAGAGGAGGCCGUUCCACGUGGAGCCGAGGAACAUUGUGGAGGACUCGUCGGCCCAGGAGAGGGUUUCUGCUGAAGCUGCGGUGCUGAGCAGCAGAGUCCACUACUACAGCCGUCUCACCGGCUCCUCAGAUAGACUGCUGGCACCGCCAGACCAUGUGAUUCCUUCUCUCGAGGACCUCUAUAUCUACAGUCCACUGGGAACAGCGUUCAAAGUCCAGGGAGGCGACAGUACUGCCAAAAACCCCAGCAUUGUCACAAUCUUUGCCAUAUGGAACACAAUGAUGGGAACAUCUAUAUUAAGUAUACCAUGGGGAAUAAAACAAGCUGGGUUCACUCUGGGCAUCAUCAUCAUUGUUCUCAUGGGCCUGCUGACGCUUUACUGCUGCUACAGAGUGUUAAAGUCCACAAAGUCCAUACCUUAUAUGGAUACCUCAGACUGGGAGUUUCCUGACGUGUGCAAAUAUUACUUUGGGGCAUUUGGAAAAUGGUCGAGCCUUGUCUUCUCACUGGUGUCACUGGUUGGUGCAAUGGUGGUCUACUGGGUUCUCAUGUCCAACUUCCUGUUCAAUACUGGGAAAUUCAUUUACAACUAUGUUCACAAUGUCAGCUCAUCAGAUACAUUUGGCACAAAUGGAACAGAUAGAGUGAUCUGCCCGUAUCCAGAUGUGGAUCCACACGGGAACAGCAGCGCUCUCCUGCACGACGCGCGUGAGAACAGCACAGGUCAUGUGUUCGACCUCUGGUGGAGUAAAACCAACACCAUCCCGUUUUACCUCAUCGUUCUGCUGCUGCCGCUGCUCAACUUCCGCUCCGCGUCCUUCUUCGCCAGGUUCACUUUCCUCGGCACUAUAUCGGUGGUCUAUCUCAUCUUUUUGGUCACGUAUAAAGCUAUUCGACUGGGCUUUCACCUGGAGUUCCACUGGUUCGAUUCUUCAAUGUUUUUUGUUCCAGAGUUCAGAUCUCUGUUUGUUCAGCUGAGUGGAGUUCUCACAUUAGCAUUCUUCAUUCACAACUGCAUCAUCACGCUUAUGAAGAGCAACAGGCAUCAAGAAAACAACGUGCGGGAUCUGUCCUUGGCGUACCUGCUGGUGGGACUGACGUACCUGUAUGUGGGAGUGCUGAUCUUCGCUGCUUUCCCAUCACCCCCGCUGUCUAAAGAGUGCAUCGAGCCUAACUUCCUGGAUAACUUUCCCAGCGGCGAUGUGCUGGUGUUCGUGGCGAGGACCUUCCUCCUGUUCCAGAUGACCACUGUGUAUCCGCUGCUCGGGUACCUGGUGCGCGUGCAGCUCAUGGGACAGGUCUUCGGGGAUCAUUACCCAGGUUUCCUCCAUGUGUUUGUGCUGAACGUGGUGGUUGUCGGAGCUGGAGUCGUGACGGCCCGGUUCUACCCCAACAUUGGCUCCAUCAUCAGGUACUCGGGGGCCAUCUGUGGCCUGGCUCUGGUGUUCGUGCUCCCCUCUCUGGUCCACAUGGUGUCUCUGAGACGCAGAGGAGAGCUGCGCUGGCCCUCGGCGCUCUUCCACGGCCUCCUCAUCCUCCUCGGGGGGGCCAACCUGCUCGGACAGUUCUUCAUGUGACGCGCUCCAGCGCCCACAGGAGGCCAGGGUGCUGGAAGCCUUAACCUACUAAACAAGUACACGUGAUUUCCAUCUCAAGAAACUCACCCGAAGGCACCAAACAUCGAAGUUUUGACAUUUAAAAAAAGUUAAAGAUCU